AUGGGAAUCCCUCGCCUGAAGCUGUAUAUCGCUAUCCUAUUUGGCUCUAUUUUGCCAGUAACAGGGACCGUUGCAGAGGCAAAGAAAGAUGACGAUAAUUGGCCUACUUGGUGUAAGAUAGGUGGCGCUGUAAUAGGAGGUGUUGGUGCUGUUGCAGCAGCCCCCUUUGUUCUAACAGCUGCAGGAUUCACAGGUGCAGGAAUAGCAGCAGGAUCUGUCGCUGCAAGUGCAAUGUCAGCAGCAACUACAUAUGGCGCGGGAGCAGGGGCAGUCGCUGCAGCGCAAUCAGCUGGUGCAGCAGGAAUCGGGGUUGCUACCAAAGUGGUAAUUGGAACGACGGCUGCUUAUGCUGGCUCUAAGGUAGCUGAAAAAGUUGGACCAUGUGACAAUGACGUUGGCGGUGAUGCAUCGAACAGUGGGGAGUGUAAAAAAUAAAAUAAGGGCAUUCUACUUGAAAGUGUGUUUUCUAUCCUAUCGAUUAUGCAAUACUGCACCAUGCCAGGGAGUACUGACUUUCGUUCAUACAGUUAAGUACCCCGAACUGGAUGUUUUACACACUUUUAACUAAAACGCCCAUAUCGAAAAGACAAUAAGAUCUAGAAGCUUAGAGACGAAUGGAAUGAAAAAAUUGAUUUUGAGGAGAAUUGAAAAUUAUUGGUUAGAUGCGUAUAUGCUUCCAAACAAACUCGAUUGAUUAAAAAAUAAUGUACCCUUUUUGUCAAAGUGUUGAUAUAUAUUUGAUUGUGGAUAUUAAAGACAAAUUCCAUGUGUAUACCAAUGUAGAUGUACACUGAUAUAUGUUUUGUUUUAUCAGAUGUCUUAUUCUAAUGUACUGUGAGGAAUCAUCAACCACAUAGGCGCUACCAUUUCAGAUUUUGAAAUGUUGUAGUAGAUCGCAUGUGGUGCGAAAUGCUUCCUCUGAAUAUAUGGAAUAUUAACCGGCAAUAU